AUGAAAGUUGAAGUGGAGGGAGAAGAAGAUUCCAAUCGAAGCCCAUAUAUUAUACUAUCACAUUCCGGUGAAGUGGACGCCAAGCAACGAAGCUCCCUUCCCUCCAUUUUAUAUUUCUUCAAUUUCCUCCCCCAAAACAAUCACUUCAUCAGCAUGGACAUUGUGAUGAUCAAUACUAAUAGGGCAGAAAUCGACACCACCCCACCCUUCACCUCUGUUAAAGAAGCCGUUGCCUUGUUCGGCGAUACUGUUUUAGCCGGCCAAAUUUAUGCCUCCAAGCUCAACCAACAGAUGCAUGGUGAAGCUACUGAAAAAGGUGCUUCCAGGCUUGUAACUGUUACAGCUGAACUGGAAGAGACGAAAUAUAACCUUGAAAAGGCUAGAGAAGGGAGUAUGGUGAUGGCGAAUUGCCUGUGCUCUCUCAAAGAAGAGCUUGAAAGAACAAAGAGAGAACUGGAGCUAAUGAAAGAAGGAGAUAUCAAGAAACCAAUGAUGGAGUUUGAGAUGGACGAUGUCAGGAUCGUCCCAGGCUCCGCUAGAUAUGAGCUUGAUGAAACAAUAACCUUUGAUGAAGGAACUCCUGAGUUUCAAAAGAAGAGAUACGUGACAUUUGCUAAUCAACCUUCUUUAACUCGAGUUAUCGGUCCACAAGGUGUGGAAAAACUCGAUAGACACCCUUCACUAAGAAAGAAGAAGAAGCCAUUGAUCUCUUUGAUUGGAGGCUUAUUUUCCAAGAAAAAAUGAACCCAAUAAUUUCGU